AAAAUUGAGUGUGCAAUGCUACAAUCGCCGGUCAUUCAGCCCACAUUGCACCAGCCACUGCACUCAAAAGUCUCCAAUUAUUUGAACAAUCAACGACGCACAGGCCAGUUCUGUGAUCUGCUGCUGCAGCUGGACUCUGAUGAUGCCCCCUGCACUUGCAGCGUUCACUUUUGUGUGGUGGCUGCUCAGAGUCAGCUAAUUGGCCUCAAUCAACAAAAGCAGCAGCAAUUCUCCAUACAGAAUCCACUUAAGGUCACCAUACGCAAUUUCAACUGUACGGUUUGCCUGCACACAAUUGUGGACUUCUUCUACGAGGACAUUGUUUCUGUCUCCAAGGAGCAUGAGUCUCACUUUCGCGAAUUGGCCAAGAUACUUUCCGUAACGGAGCUCUUAAAUUUAUACCAAAUUGAACAGUGCAGUGAUGUCAGCAUGGGUCCAGAGCCGAGUGCUGUACGUGGUGCUGAUGCAGAGGAUAAUCUGCAGCCAGCUACACAGCCCGAUGUGGUCUUUGAGAAUCAGCAAAGUUAUUUUAAGUUGAAGAAUCCACGCGCCGUUAAAUCUAAUAGCAAAGUGAACUACUGCAUUGGCUGCGAUUUCAAGUGCUACCAAGUGCAAAAGAUGAUUGAUCACAUGACCAGCUGCGAGCCGUCACAUUUGACGUGUUCUCUCUGUGAGGUGGGCUUCCUCGACUGGCGGGAAUACGAUGCGCACUUACGUCGUCAUGGAUCCGAUGUGCGCAAGCCCUUUUUUUGUCUGCAGUGCGAUAAUCGUUUCAGUACUCGAGCCGCUUUGCUCGUCCAUCAGCCAAAGCAUUCGACGGAAACGCCGCAUGUUUGCACACAUUGCGGCAAGGCUUUCAAAUGGAAACAGGGUCUGAGUAAUCAUAUGCUGGUCCACAAUCCAGAGAAACAGAUGUUGUGCGAUGUCUGCGGCUAUAGCACCACCCACAUGAAGGCACUCAAGAGCCACAAACUUUUACACACGGGAGAGUUCUUUAUGUGCACUGUGUCGGGCUGCAAGCAUCGUGCGAAUCGCAAGGAGAACAUGAAACUGCAUAUCGAGACGCACAAGCAGGGACGUGAUUUCAUUUGCGAGAUUUGCGGCUGCAAGUUCAGUCAGAGCAAGAACUUGAAGCGACACGCCCUCAAGCACACGGAGUGGGGCCUCAAUCGUUACAAGUGCCAGCUGUGUGGCUUCAGUAGUCAUCGCUCGGACAAGAUGAAGGAGCAUGUGCAGCGCGUCCAUACGGAAAAAGCGGUUCAACUGGAACUGCCGGAGACGGUGGAUAGUUCCUUUGAAAAUAAAAUGCCCGACGAUUUUGUUCUGCCACCCAUUGAUGCAUUGAUGCCAGUUAGUGGCAAGGAGAGCAAAAACAUCACAGAGCCAGUGCGAAAAAAUCGCAAAACUACAUCGGAAUUGCCGGUGACAAGUGUUAAACGCAUAAAAACGCUACUGCCAAAGGAGCCACUUAAGAAGUGAAGUUCAAGACUUUCAAAUACCAUAUGAUAAUUAAUGCCAUAACAAAUCUAAACUCGAAUCGACAUCUGAUUCAUCUACUGAUAAAAUAUUCAUAAUUCAUAA